UGCACCAAGAUGUCAAGUGGACCCUCCUUCGGUGUGUGGGACUAUGUGGUCUUCACCUUAAUGCUGGUCGUCUCAGCAGGCAUCGGAGUGUAUUAUGCCUUUGCUGGAGGAGGUCAGAGCAGUUCCGCAGACUUUCUGGUGGGCGGACGGAGUAUGGCGGCGGUACCGGUGGCCCUGUCCCUGACGGCCAGCUUCAUGUCAGCCAUCACCGUUCUGGGGACCCCGGUAGAGGUGUAUCAGUACGGAGCCAACUUCAUCCUCAUCUGCUUUUCUUAUGUUCUGAUGGUGGCUGUUACUUCUGAGAUCUUCCUGCCAAUCUUCUACAGACUGGGUAUAACCAGCACCUAUGAGUAUCUGGAGAUGCGUUACAAUAAAGUAAUUCGACUUUUUGGGACAGUCCUGUUUAUCAUUCAGACAGUACUUUACACUGGUCUGGUUAUUUAUGCUCCAGCAUUGGCUUUAAACCAAGUCACAGGUGUGGAUCUCUGGGGUGCCGUCAUUUCGACUGGAGUCGUCUGCACCCUCUACUGUACAUUAGGCGGUCUGAAGGCGGUGGUGUGGACGGACGUGUUCCAGGUUGGCAUCAUAUUGGCAGGUCUUUUGGCUGUCAUUGUCCAAUCAGUACUUCUGCAGGGCGGGAUCUCCACUAUCAUCAGUGACUCCGCUCAGGGCGGCCGGCUUAACCUAUGGGACUUCGAUCCAAACCCUCUGAGGAGACACACAUUCUGGAGCAUCACAAUAGGAGGGACGUUCCUCUGGACCAGCGUCUAUGGCAUCAAUCAAGCUCAAGUACAGAGAUACAUAUCAUGCAAGUCUCUGUUCCAUGCCAAAAUGGCCUUAUACAUUAAUUUAAUGGCUCUCUGUGCUAUUUCAUUAUGCUCAGUAUUUUGUGGCUUGUGUUUAUACUCCGUUUAUAAGAACUGUGAUCCAUGGACAGCCAAUAAGGUGUCUGCACAAGACCAGCUUAUGCCAUACCUGGUGUUGGACAUCCUGAGCGAAUACCCUGGACUGCCAGGACUGUUUGUGGCAGCAGCAUAUAGUGGCACUUUAAGUACAGUCUCCUCCAGUGUAAAUGCUUUGGCUGCGGUAACUAUUACAGAUCUGAUGCGUCCGUACCUCAGUCUGUCAGAGAGACAGCUAUCCUGGGCUUCAAAGGGCAUGAGUUUGUUUUAUGGUGCUGUGUGCAUUGGAAUGGCUGGUUUUGCAUCUUUGAUGGGAGGGAUGCUACAGGCCGCUAUUAGUAUUGUUGGAGUGAUUGGCGGACCUCUACUGGGCCUCUUCUCUCUUGGCAUCCUGUUUUCAUGCACCAACACAAAGGGAGGUUUGGCAGGGCUGUUGUCUGGUUUGGCACUGUCACUGUGGGUGAGCAUUGGAGCACAGAUAUACCCUCCGCAACCAGAGAACAGCAGACCGUUGCCUCUGAUGACACACGGCUGUAACUUCUCAAUGGCACCAGAUGGCACUAACUGGACUGCAAACAUGGACGACUUCAUACUGAAAGAGAAGAAUCUACAAAGGCCUUUCCUGGCUGAUAAUUGGUACUCGCUCUCAUACCUGUACUUCGGCCCAUUGGGGACUGUGACGGUCAUCGCCGUAGGGCUUAUUAUCAGCAUACUUUCGGGGGGCAGACAGACGAAACUUCAGCCUGGACUCAUGCUAUCAAAAGAGGACCUCACCUGCUACAAAGCCUACAAUGUAUUUAAAGAAAAAGUUUCCGGCAGUUCGGGUAAGCUUGACCUGGUGCGGGAGCUGGAGAAAUCUUUUGGAAAAACCAACCUCGCUUUCUGUGAUGUAGAGUUAUCUACUCAAACUUCCUUAAAACACCAUUAAACUGAAGGGUCUUUAAAUAUACA